AACAAUUCUUUAGAAGAAUGGAUUUGCUCUCCUUUUCUUGUGUACGACCACAUACGAUCUUUUCUAAAAGAUAUUAUUUAAAAGUAUUAGAUGAUGAAGUUAUAAUAUCUGCAGUAACCUAACCUUGUUAUUUUUUAAGUUCAACAAUUUCAAGAAUCCUAAAUAUAGACUAGAACUCAAUUUAUCAACCUAAAUUCUUUGGAAAAUGGGAAAGUCACAUUUAAAAGCAUUUGGAAUAUUUUACCAGAAUAAAAUCAAAUAUUUUGAAGCUACACAUGCCAAUUUGGAAUAGUUCAAAUAAUUGGUAGGAGGAAGAGUAAUCUAUAGAAACAUGGCUUCAUUCUAUGAACCAACAUUAUUCAUUGGUGAAGGAUUGUCUGCAAAGGUAUUGCCUAAUUUAUUAAACUAAUUUAGGUGUAUCGAAGCAUAGAGAAACAAACCUAGAAGGCAGUUGCGGUAAAAAUGAUUAAACAAGAAUUUGGCAAAGAGGAACAAGCCUUAGUAAGUGAUUAAAUGUAUCGCAUUUAGAACAUAGUCAAAACAGAAGUACAAAUUUUGCAGUCGCUAAAUCAUCCCAACAUUAUAAAAGUGCUUGAGGUUUAUGAAAAUGACCAGACAUUUUGGAUUGUUUAAGAGUAUGUCUAAGGAACUCCUUUGAGCGAUAUAUUAAAAUAAAAACUACCAACUGAAUAGAUAAAGAAGAUAAUGAGAGUAUAUAACCAUCAUAUAUCAAUAGAGUCUGUUAGAUACUAUAAGUUAUUUGCAAUCACUAAGAAUUGUGCACCGAGAUAUAAAGCCAGAAAACAUAAUAGUGGAAAAAAAUGGUUAAAUUAAGGUGAUUGAUUUUGGAUUUGCAGCGAAUCUGAAAUUUGGCUCUGUCAGCAGCGUGUGCGGAACACCAGGCUAUUAUGCGCCAGAAGUACUUAGAUCAAAAGAAUCAAGUUUUAAUUCUGAUAUGUUCAGUGUUGGAGUUGUAUUAUUCAAUUUGUACUAAGUUUUAACUAAAUUAGAAUCACAAAUUAGCCCAUGCUUAAAUCAAAAAUGUACAAUGCUCAACAAUAUGUGGAGGAUGAAGAAGCCGCUGAUUUAUUGAAAUAAAUGUUGGAAGUGGACCCAGCUUUGCGAAUUACAGCUUAAUAAGCACUCCAACAUCCAUAUUUCAAAGGUUUUGAAUCAGUUAAUGAGAAACUCUAAUCUUCUGAACAUCAAAUAUUAUAACAGCAAUUACUAAUUAAUUAAUAACAACAAUAUUAACCAUUGAAAAAAAGUAAUCAAAGUUUAGAUGCUAAAACAAUAAAAUCUCUCAGAACUACUAACAUUAUGGACUAAUGA